GCGCGGGUGAGGCGGGCGCGGGCGGCCCGCGGCGUCGGCGUUUCCCCGGGGCCCGCGGCGUCCCCCGGCGUGACGCCGCCGUGUGCUCUGUCUUUCAGAUGACGAGCUGAGCCUGCUGGUCGUCAUCGUUGACACCAACCCGAUCUGUUCACCCUGUCAAAAUGCAUGGACGCAGUGAUGGUCCUGGGAAAUUCUCACUUGUUCAUGAACCGUACCAACAGGCUGGCUGUCAUAGCGAGUCACACGCAGGAAAGUCGUUUCUUGUACCCUGGGAAGCACUGGACUUUUGCAGAUCUCUUUGGAGAUGGCGGUAGUUUUGUGGAAUCUAGUUGCUCUGGUAGCAAAGAUGGGAAAUAUGAAUUGUUAACAGCUAUAAAUGAUGCAAUUGCAGAGGAGAUUAAAGACCUCAUGACGAAAACUGACAUGAGGGGCCAGCAAACAGAAACUCUGUUAGCAGGAUCACUUGCUAAAGCACUUUGUUAUAUUAACAGGAUGAGCAAAGAGGUAAAAGGAAAUCAAGAAAUUAAAUCAAGAAUUCUGGUCAUAAAAGCUGCAGAAGACAGCGCACUGCAAUACAUGAAUUUCAUGAAUGUGAUCUUUGCAGCACAGAAACAGAGUAUUUUGAUUGAUGCCUGUAUCUUAGACUCUGAUUCAAGUCUUCUACAACAGGCUUGUGACAUUACAGGUGGCAUAUACUUGAAAGUGCUCCACAUGCCAUCCCUUCUGCAGUAUUUGCUGUGGGUAUUUCUCCCUGAUCAAGAGCAAAGAUCACAGCUUGUCCUUCCACCCCCAAUUCAUGUUGACUACAGAGCUGCCUGUUUCUGUCAUCGAAAUCUCAUUGAAAUUGGUUAUGUCUGCUCUGUGUGCUUGUCAAUAUUCUGCAACUUCAGUCCUAUUUGUAGUACAUGCGAGACUGCUUUCAAAAUAUCAUUACCACCUGUCAUGAAAGCCAAGAAGAAGAAAUUAAAGUUAGCUGUAUAACAACAUCAUGUAAAGAAACCAUUACCUCCUCCAGUAAUUCCAUGCAAUGGAAUAUACCUGAAAAUUUGAUGGCACUUUUUAUUGGAUAUGAAAGAGAACUGUAUACAGUGUUACUGUUUGUUUCUUAGGGAUAAAUAUUUAAAUCAUAUGUUUCCUGCGCAGCCCUCUAAGUAAUAAAUUAACAUGUAUUAACAUGUUAAUUUAAGUAUUAACAUGUAACUUGUGCUUAGUUGUAAAUAGGAACCAGAAGAUACAGCUUGUUUAAGAUACAGGCCUUGUGAAGUAGAAGGUGUACUGACCACUGCAAAGUUGAAUGUGUCUGAUUAAUUUUCAGAGACUGGAAAGUUCUGAUUCUUUCCAAUCAUAUGUUUAUAUAAAAGUGUAGGCAUGACCAUUCCUGGAGUAUAGGAUCAGAGCCUUAGCAUUAUGUUGUUCAGGGACUUCAGCUUUCUGUUGGGUUUUGCUGCCAGUUUUGAGGACUUGAAGUAAGAUCAUUUUCAAAAUAAAUGAACCAAAAUUUUCCAGAUGAUUUUUAGACCCACCUUCCUUUUGAAAGAUGUUAAUUUAAUUCUCUUGCAUGUGCACAUUCAUAUGUUUUUAUUCGUUUAUUCCCUUUGGCAGUACUGUCUUUAUGAUGCUUUUUCAAUUUGAUAUCUUUUCUUCAGAAUAUAAAUAUUCACUAGAAUAAUAUUGCCUUGUAAUAGAGGUAUUUUUUCUACUGCAGGUUAGUAACAGAAAACUAUUUUCAUUCAUGAAUAAAACCCACCCUUUUUAUUUAGUUUCAACAAAUCCAAUCUCAAUGAUUAAUCUUUAAGAUUGUAUUUUGAAACUGGAAGACAGAAUAUGUAACACUAUUAAUGUGACAGCAGACUUUUAUUAUUAAGAUUUAUAAGUAUUCCAUGGCUUUGCCUCUUGCAUUUGACAGACUAGAAAGAAGGCUUAUUAUGUAUUUUGGAUUGGUACUUUUGAUAUGCCAAAAUAUAAGGGUAUGCUGCCUAUUUCUUCCAAACAUUGCUUUAGCUAUUAAAAAAUCAACUUUUAAAUAGUUGCGUAAUUUCAUCCUUUAGCUGGUAGUUAAUAACUGAAGUUUUCCUGAAAGGUAUAGGGGCAAUAAAAUUUUCCUACAUAGGAAAAGAUUAUAUAUAUAUAUAUAUAUUUUAAAAUGUAUACAGGAAUUUAUAUAAAUGUCUUGCUACUUGCAUCAGGUUUUUGUCUAUGUAAGUGUUGUAAUAAGUGUGAAUCCUUUAUUAGUGUGUUUAACUGCUGAAUGCCAUUUUGUUUGAGGACUGUAUUUAUAAUUUGCUUUGUAUAAAAUACUUGUAAUAAAA